AUGGGUCCACCAAUGAUUUGGUAUGAUGGGCAUUUGAUUCCGUGGGAAGUAGAUGAUUGUGGAGCGUACAAAGUCUCUUUUGUAAGACUUGCUGGGUGGAGUGGAGUUUCACACAUAACACAACCAUCAUCAUGCUUCCGUUUAAAAGUAGUGAAAGCAAAGAGACCCAGCCAUGUCACACCUCCACUACUAAGGUCACUGGGAGUCUCAAGAUUGAACAGAAGGGAGAAAAUUAAGGAAAGGAUUUUAUGGCAGGUCCCACUGAAGGAGGGAUUGAGAGGUGGAUAUAUUAUCCACCACGAAUGUAGGUCAAGCAUUUUGCACCAGAACAAGAAGGAUUUUUUAGGGGACCAGCAGAAAGAAAGGCGACCUAUACCAUUUAAUUCAAGACAAAAACUUAACACAACAUACGGAAAAAACUUCAAAGCGAUAAAUCUUUUAGGUGCAAAAAAUAUAUACGAAUACGACCAACUGCACUGUAUGGACUGUCUCAUCGUCGAGAGAAAGGAAUUGGCUUCCAAGUCUCUUGAGAAGGCCUUGCAUGAUAUGAGUACGGAAUGUGCUGAAGCAAAGGUUUCAGCUGAGUGA